AUGUCCUCACGCCUUCCUCCACCAUCCAGCCACAUCCCUUUCGGCAAUACCAACUCCACCCCGUCAUCCAAACAGUCCACGUCGGGGCAAGAGAAGCAUGAUGGAGGUGAUCUGGAGUGGUUGGACUAUGCUGAGUGCGCUUUGUGCCAUGAUGCGUUGACGGAAGGAGCGCUGAGGGGUAGACAUUUUUGGAUGACUUCUUGUGGACAUAUACUCUGCUCGGCUGAGGAACAUGAUCAUCAAGCUGGGAUUUGCACGUUCUGCAACAAGAAGAUGGAGAACUUUCUCAUUCAACAAGGAUCUCUUCCGCCAGAACACGAGAUGUGGUUCCAGAACGGCAUGUCUCUCUUGUCGAAUGCCAUCAGCGACAUGAAGAGAUCUAUGAAGAAUAGCGCUACAGCUCAACGAGUGGUCGGAUUUCAAUACAGAGAGAUGAAACGAUCGAUACUUCACUACAAGACUAUCUUGAAGGAGAAGGAAGAGCGUAUUGGCGUGAUCGAGCGGGAACAAGAGGCCCUUUUGUCCGAAAACUACGAACUGCAUGAACGCCUCGCCAAAGCUCAAUCAGAAAUCCAUACUCUUCAACGUUCCCAAUCUCAGCAUCCAUCUCAAAUCACACCUCAAUCCAACCCUCAGCACUAUCCUGUGCCAGAUCAAUCACAGAUUCAGCCAGAGAUGCACCGGUAUUCGCCUCAGGGAGCUUUCCACGGACCUCACUCAAUGGCGCCGUUGCCUACAGUACAAGAGGAGGACUUUGGGCCGAUCGCUGGUGUUUCGUGGAAUGCGGGUGAAGAUGGAUAUCAUAAGAGGCGUAGGGUGGAUUCUCUGGAUCAGCAGCCUCGAAGAUUCGUUCCGCCCACUCCGACCUCCGGCUCCUCCGAUAUUCAUCUCAACAGUCACUUCGCUCAGCACCUACAACCGGCCAGGCCGCCUUCGCGAACUUUCGUUCCUCCAGCUCCGAUGCGUCCUACACCAAUGCUUGCUGCCGCCAACAGACCGCAGAGUACCAUGGAUAUGCGACCGACACAAGGGAAUCUGGGUGGGGAUACUAGGCAAAAGCUCGAUGCGUACAGAUACGAUCACACGAACCCUUCGCCUCCUCGCAGAAUGAAUCCGCCCGAAAGACCAUCGACAGCAUUGCCAAGCUUGAGCUCAGCCAGCUCCGGACUGGGCAUGAGACAGCCGACGAGUUUCGUGGAAAGGUUGAAGCAGAGCAACUCUUCUUUCCUCCAGCGUCCAGCAUCGACUCGGCCUACUCCUCUUUCGCACCAGAAUAUCAACCUCGACGGGAUGGACGCUGGAGAUAAGCCCAGUAUUGCCAGGAUGAGAUCGGAGGUGCCGCAGGCGAGACCGAUGAGUGCCAUGAUGGGGAGGCAGGCGGGGCAGACGAGAAGGUCGGGGAAUCGAUUCUGA